AUGAAGGGAACUCUCAACUGGCCGAACUGUUGGGGUUUCAAGGACCAACCGACUGACCAUUAUAUGAGGCCUUUCCAAGUAGCGCUAGAAAAGGAAGUUUCCAAAGCUCUUAAAAAUACAUACAGUUCAAAAAACUGUAUCGAACAGCAUAGAGACAUUCUCCGCUAUCUACAAGAUUUCGUGGACGCAUAUGACGGGAUCCCAAAAAUGGGUUGGAUUUGGCUUUCGUUACUUGGCCAUGAUCAUGAAAGCGGCGUCAUCCGUGCGGAUCCCGAUUUCCUUCGAUUUCUUCUUCACAAUAAGAAGAAGCUCGAUGAUUCUUUUGUGAUCAUCCUCGGAGAUCAUGGGUUACGUGGUGGCAGGGUCACUCACACAGACCUUGGAAGCCUAGAAGUAAACAAUCCCCUAUUUUCCAUCUCUAUACCGAAAAAACUACGUAGAGAAACAGACAUUCUUAAAACCCUACAGGAGAAUGCAGCUCGUCUACAGACACAUUUCGACAUUCGCGCCACGUUACUCGAUAUUUUGAAGUACCAACCGAGUGUAAAUUACACUGAUCGAGAGUACAUAGCAAUGGAAGGUGAAUAUGGUUCAUCAUUGAUGAGGAAACAACCAGACGAGGAGAGAACAUGCAAAACGUUGUUCAUACCUCUUCCCUACUGCACAUGUCGUUAUCCGGUUAAGGAAGUGAAGAGGUAGAC